GUCCGAUGGCGGUGGUGGGAUUUGUUUCCUCCUUUAGGAAGUCGAUGUCACCGAGUUUAAUUUCUGUGAGGUUCUCUGCAACUCCGAGUGAUUUUUAGCAGAUUUUCUCCCCUCCAAUGCCCCGCACCCAUAUUACUAUGGCCGGGUUGCUAUUGCCCUGCUCGCUGGCCAUGGGAAAUUGUCACGGGAAUUUGUUGGCCUUUUCGGGUUUAGCGCUACUGGACUGCUGCCCAAGCUGGCUGACUAAUGGAGAUCCCUCACAACCCCGCUUGUUCAUGAUGUCACUCAAGAGGAUGUCUGCCAUCGGCAAGACAAAUAUAAUUAUUAGUCAGUUACCGAUGUCGCAGUGAAAGGCUCUUAUACAUGUCAGGAGGCCCCAUUAUUGGCAAGUUGAGCCAGUUAUCUGUUCAAGAGCCGCUGUUUUUCUGCG